AUGCAAUGUGGUACUCAAGGAAAAGUUAUUCAUAGAGCAUCGGUGUUUAAGUUAAAUAUAGAAAGAGCAUCUGUGUCAAGUUCUCGUUUAUAUACCAAUAACAUGAAAGUGAUUCAUGGAUCACCAGAAUAUAAUCAAAUUUUAGGUAAAAGUGAACUUGAAGGAAAUGAAAAAAAAAUUGAAGGUGAAUGUGAUAUGUCAAGCAUGGGAAAAAAAUUCGAGAAAGAAAAACGUGAUAAAAGGAGAAAAAAGAGAAAAGAACAGGAGAAUGUGGAAUAUGUUGAUAGGGGAUAUUGGAGUGAACCUGUUGGUGUUGAAAAGAGAGAGAGAUGA